UGCAUUGGUUAUUGCUGCAGUAUUUGAUCGUGAUGUCAAUUGCAGAAGAGCAGCUUCUGCUGCCUUCCAGGAGAAUGUUGGGAGACAGGGUACCUUUCCACAUGGCAUAGACAUUCUAACUGCAGCUGAUUACUUUGCUGUUGGUAACAGAGUUAACUGUUACCUCACUAUAAGUGUAUAUGUUGCUGGCUUUCCUGAGUAUACACAGCCAAUGAUUGAUCAUUUAGUUAACAUGAAGAUUAACCACUGGGAUAGUGUUAUUCGAGAACUUUCAACCAAAGCUCUGCAUAACCUUACUCCACGGGCUCCUGAAUACAUGGCAAACGUGGUUUUGCCAAGACUUCUGCCUUUAUCAGUGGGCACUGAUCUGCACACACGCCAUGGGGCAAUUCUUGCCUGUGCUGAGAUCACCCAUGCACUGUGUAAACUAGCAGAAGAGAAUAAUAGGUCUAUAACACACUAUUUCAGUGAAAAAGUGUUGGAGGGACUUAAGCAAAUCCAUCAAGAGCUUUGCAGUCGUCAAUUGUACAGGGGUUUAGGUGGAGAACUGAUGAGACCAGCUGUCUGCACUUUAAUUGAAAAGCUGUCACUGUCAAAAAUGCCAUUUAGAGGAGAUCCAAUAAUUGGUGGCUGGCAGUGGUUAAUAAAUGACAGUCUAAGAAGUCUUCCUCUUGUCUCAAGCGCUGCACGACAGCUUGUAAAGGAGUCUGCGGUCUCUGCACUGGCUGCGCUGUGUAAUGAAUAUUACAUCAAUGAGAAGGGAGAAGCUGAUCCAGCUCUACAGGAUGAGCUGGUGACACAGUACGUUUCAGAACUCCAAAACACAGAGGAAAUGAUUCGUAGUGGCUUUUCACGAGCUCUUGGGGCCCUUCCAAGAUUUCUGCUGAAGGGCAGGCUCCAACAGGUUUUGGAAGGUUUGAAAAAAGUUACCUUAAUUUCCCCUGCAGACGUGAGCUUUGCAGAAUCCAGAAGAGAUGCCCUAAUAGCAAUUGCAAAGGUUUGCCAGACAAUAGGUGUAAAGGGAGAAGGAUCCCAGGAAGAAUAUGUUUGCAAAGAUAAUGUUACUCAGAUUUAUGCAACUCUACUUAAUGGUGUGACUGACUACACGACAGACAGCCGAGGAGAUGUUGGAGGAUGGGUACGUGAAGCUGCUAUGACAAGUUUAAUGGAAGUGACGCUUCUGCUGGUUCAGAAUGAAGCAGAGUUAAUUAAUGCCAACAUCUGCAAACAGAUUAUGUGCUGGUUGGCCCAACAGUCAGCUGAAAAAAUUGAUAAAUUUCGAGCUCAUGCAGGAUCUGUGUUCCUUACCCUUUUACAUUUUGACCAUCCUCCAGUUCCUCACAUACCUCAUCGAGAAGAGCUAGAGAGAAUAUUUCCAAGGUCAGAGAAAGAGACUCUAAACUGGAAUGCUGCAUCAGAAGCCUUUCCUCGAAUCACCCAGCUUUUGGGUUUGCCAGCGUACCAAUACUAUGUGCUUUUGGGUCUCUCGGUGUCGGUUGGUGGAUUAACAGAGACAACG